CGCGCUGCUUUUUUCUCCUUCUCGAAACCCCCGAAAAAUUUCGGGCGCGGCCGUGCGCCACCUUUCGGGAAUAUCCCUUCGUAACAAUACUACGAAAUACUACAUACGCAAAUAUAGUACUGAAAAUUCGUUGAAAAACGGAGAGAGCCGCGGGCAGUUGUAGAAAGCAGCAGCAGUAGCAGCGAAGAACGACCCGAAACGGACACAGCAGCAACAUUGCAACAUCCGCAACAUCGAAACCCAAAAACAUCGACCUCCCACCUCACGCUCACAAAACAAAAGGUGAGACAUUCGAAUUGUCAAAUCAAGACAACGUCUAUUAUCAAAAGUGACAAGAACCUGCAUUACAGACGACACACCAUCGCUGUUUGGACUUGCACGGUGUCCAGCACACACUGUCCUUUUGAGUGUACCCAAGCACAAUUGUUUUCUAACUUCGUGCCGUCUUGUUAAACUAUUUGUCCACAGAAAUCUUUAGAACAAAUCAAAAACUAAUACAUCAUGUCUGGAAGAGGAAAAGGAGGAAAGGGACUCGGAAAGGGAGGAGCCAAGCGUCACAGAAAGGUCCUCCGUGAUAACAUCCAGGGUAUUACCAAGCCCGCCAUCCGUCGUCUUGCGCGUCGAGGUGGUGUCAAGCGUAUCUCCGGAUUGAUCUACGAAGAAACCCGUGGAGUCCUCAAGGUCUUCCUCGAGAACGUCAUCCGUGAUUCCGUCACCUACACCGAGCACGCCCGCCGUAAGACCGUCACUGCCAUGGACGUUGUCUACGCCCUCAAGCGUCAAGGACGUACCCUCUACGGAUUCGGUGGUUAAAAAAUCUAUUUUCUACCAAAACGUAUCGAUUCGACAAAAACAAAAAAACAAACCGGAGAUUUUAAUCUCCACAUUUUUGAAACAGACACCACCCAGACGUCACAAUGCGUCUUUUGUAUUAGUAGCUAUCAAGAAUUAAGACUCCUGGAGAACGGCAAAAGUGUAGUUUGAGCAGACGAAUUCUCAAGUAAUUGUCGUUUGUGCGGUCCACCAUACAGCACAACUUGCAAUACUACCUUGGAAUACCCUCCAAGGCGUCCAAUUCUCUUGAUUCGUUUAAAAUGUUGAUCCAACAGCAACUCCAAUACGGUAGUUAUAUUUAAUGCAAUUGAAUUAAAUAGCGUUUCUACUU